AUGAAGCCCACCACGCCCAAUCCUGAUAAGCCUACCAUGCCGGAAAACGAUCUGAACGCCAGGCUCGAAGGAAUCGAACGCGAUGCGCGGCUUACAGAGAAGUUCCGACGUUAUUUCCUCGAUGCCCUGAGAAUAGACUCCCAACCCGACCAAGCCGCUGACGAAAAGCAGGACUCCAGAGAGAUCAAAACGCGUGAAGAUUAUUUCAGAGAGAUGAUCCUCAUCCAUUCUGGCAAGAAGAUACCUAAAGACUUGGACCCGAUUCAGCGCAUAAAGUGUGAGAACAAGAUCCUCAGCGACCCCGCCACUCGCCAUCGCGUCAUUUUCUCUCAGUGGCCACGCCCCGUUAAGGGAUCGUCGGAGACAUACAUCACUGAAGAAAACUCCGUCCUGGGCACGAUGACGCCCAACGGGAUCCAGCACUGGGGCGCGUCUUUGUUCGACUUCUACCGCACCCAACGUAUCCCAGGAUUGUUCAGCCUUUCGACGAUCACCAGCGGAAGCAAGAUGGCUAGGUGGUGCAGGGAGAACGGCGAGGCGGACUUCGAGCCGGCGAGGCAGCUCAUCGAGUGGCAGGACCAGCAGCCGGAUCCGAAGGUCAUUGAGCCAUGCGACAUCCAACAGCUUAUAAUUGACCAAGAAGCAUUCGUCCAUGGGCCAACGUGGGACAAAGCGAGGGAGACCAAGAGAGGGCAUAGUGAGAAAUUGAAGCCUGAAGAUUGGAAGUUGCCAGAGGAGUGGCCGCCUAAGUCUUUAUUCGAUCCAGCUGCAUAUCCGACGCCGUACGGAACUCGAGAGCAUUUCAGCUCCGAGUUCAAAAAAUGGCCGUGGCUAUUCCAAACAAUGCCUCGCCUCCAGCAAUACAUACCCCAGGCACGCCUUCCGAAGAAACUUAUGGUCCAUGACCCAUGGAAGUUGCUUCGAGCCUCCGGUGACGAUAUCGACGAGUCGACGAAAUCCAAACCCUGGUCCGAAAUGGAGGACAUUGUUCAUACGUACAAGUUGAACCUCUCGGAAGAGCACAAAGCUCGUCGCAAGGAGGACGAAGAGGAGGCGGCGAAGCUACAGGCGAAGGAGAAGGAAAUUCGGGAGAAGUUUCUCGCUGACCCGCAUUCGCGGAACGAACUACCAGAUGGAAUCACGGUACCCCGCGACGAUGGACCGGGGCCAGUUCGUCCACACAUCUUCUACGUCUUGCCUCCCAAGCCACCCCUCGCUGCACCCGACGAGGCGCACUUGUACCUCUCGCCGACAGCCGCAAUUGGUGUUGGGAACCAUUCCUUCGUGUACCACGCCGAAUUCGAGGUGCCGCGUUCGUUCCUAGUCGAAGAAAGGCUCUGCAUGGAGUGCGUCGCGGAAGAUUUGACUGAACUCCUCUCCGACGAGGACAACGGGAUCAACGGAAAGAAUGUCGAUCCAAAGUGGGAGCAAAAGAUCGGCAAGGUCGUCAUCAAGAAUGAGAGCAAAGGCCCGCUGUAUUUGAGCAUCGCCAACAGGGAGGAUGACGGUCCCGCCGGAAAGGGCUGUCGCUAUCUGAUCGAAGAGGGGCAACGCGUGCUGAGCUUGGAUUACGAGGGACCGCUGCACGUCUUCUACUCGCGCGUCAAGUACCAGAACCUCGAACGCGGCCAGUAUUGCAAGCACUUCAGGGAGUACGACAAGUAUAUCCACCCCCUGACGACCAUGACGCGCGUGGCGGCCAAGUUGUCGAUACAGUACGAUCAGCACCUCAAGAGGGAGUCCGAGAACUACCAGAGGUUCCCAAAGCACUUCUUCGAGCAUUGGUCUGGCUUCAACGUCAUUCGACCGCUUCAUCAUCCUGUGCCCGUCGGACCACUCGUGCCCCAGUUCUAUGGCUAUUACGUCCCUGACAAUGAUAAAAAGGCAACUCCUGCAGACAAUGAGUAUUUGAGCCCCAUCCUAUUAGUCGAGGAGUGUGGAAGGCCAAUCAAGUCUGAGGAGCUGACUGCAGACGAUAAAUCCGAAUGUAUCUCGCUCAUUUUCCGCCUCCAUGACGCAGGCUGGGUCCAUGGGUCCAUUGCGCAGCGCAACAUCCUCAUCCAGCCCGGUCCGCUCAGCGGUUGGCCUGUCGAACGAGGUCUGAGACCGUCCAUCAGAGGUGGGCUGCGGGAUGAGUGGUCAUUCCGCCUGAUCGACUUUGGGAGAAGUAUGGACUUCGAGGCAGACGAAAACGAGUCUAUGAGGGAUAAGCAGUUUGACGCAGGGUUUCAUGAGCGAAAGCAGGUUAUGGAUUGGUUCAACGAUUUUGAGGGGUUGAGCCUGUAG